CGGUGGUGGAUUUCGUGGUGAAUUUCGAUGAAGUUCAUCAUUUUGAAUUUAACAGAGCAAUAACAUUUAGUAUUUGUUUGGACUUUGUCGUUAACGGUUCGUUCUCCCGUUCGCUCGUUCGUUCGUUGUGUUAUUUGCGGUUUGCUUUUGAACAAAUUAAAAAAAAAAAUUAUUAAUAUUAAUAAAAAUAAUAUCUAAUAGCAAAACGGUUUCUCUGAAACUUUUGUUUAUAACACGCGUUGAAACAAAAAUAAAUAUACAAAAAAUAUAUUCUCUAUACAAUAAAAAUUGUUAAACACACAACAAGUGCAAUUUAAUAAUAAUACAACAAAAGAAAAACCAAAACAAGAAAGUGCAAAUGCAUUGUAGCUGAACAAGUUGAUAAAUAUAUAUAGAUAUUAUAGCAAAUAAAGUUGCUCGAUUUCAAAUAUUUUGUGGGGAAAAAAUAGUUUUGUGAGUGCAACUCAAGUCGCGGCAUGCGGCAUGCUUUUAAAAUAGCCGCAAUCCAACACAAAAAACUAUAAGAAUCAAAAUAAAAAUAAAAAAAAUUCAAAACGAAGACGAAAUGUGUAAAUAAAAACGCACAUGAAUCUAAACAUUUUACAGUGAAAGCAAACACACCACCAACAACACACCUACACACACAACCACAUAAACACGGGAGAACUAUCAAACAUCAACAACAGCCAAAACAGCAACAACAACAGAGGCAACGUUUAUCAUUGACUGCGCUACGUAAUCAACGGGGGCAGCGCAGCCAAGAAGAAGAGCAGGAAGAGCAAGAGAAAGAGCAACAACAACAAACAACGACGUCAGACAAACGUCUACAGUUUGUCUGUCUCUUCUGUCUAGUCCAUUAUAACGCAUGUCCUGCGGUCUUCAAAGCAAGGAGUACGAGAGCAGGAAGAGUGAGAAGAGUGAGAAAAGGAGAAGAAGAAGAUACAGAUAUAUCGACUACUGCCUGUCUGCCGACUACUGCCUCAUUGACUAACUGACAAACUGACUGAUUGACUGAUUUCGCGUUUCGUUUCGUUUCGUUUCGUCUCAUCUCGUUUCGUUCUCUGCCCGCAUCAAAGUGAUUCCAGUUUUUAACAGUUGUUUCCCCAAGUGCUUUUUUAACAAAUGGUGCAAAUUGAAAAGCAGCACAAAAGUUACAGUGUCUCAAAAAUCAUAUAAAAAGCAAAAGAAAUUCAAGAAUUAUUAGUGUCACAAAAAGAAAAGAAUAUUUGGAUUAUUAUAUAAAUAUCUUUUGUAAAUGGAUAACAACCUUUAUGGAUUAGUAGCUGAACUGGCGCAUUAUAUAGAUGCUAACGCAUUUGAUUGUUAAAGACGCUCGAAGAACGCCAUAAAAAUGUAUUUUGAACGCAAGCAAGUGCGUAAAAAAUACUAAAAACAAAAUAUAUACAGAAAAAUCAAUUGAAUCUAUAUCAAAGAAGAGAAUCCUCAAAGAGGUCGCUUCAAAAGCAACUCUACAGAAAGAGGAACGUAUCUUUGAAGUGAGAAAUUCAGGACAAGGGACACAAUUUGUCCGCAGGUUAUUUAAGAGGAAGUUGAAUUAAAAACAGCAGCACAACGGCGACCAUCGGCUACCAAAUGAUGAAACGACGCUGGUCGAACAAUGGCGGCUUCCUGCGCAUACAGGAGGAAUCCUCCUCGGAGGUGACCUCUUCGAGCAAUGGAUUAGUCCUGCCAUCGGGCAUUAAUAUGUCGCCCUCAUCGCUGGACUCCCAUGACUAUGGUGAACAGGAGCUCUGGCUAUGUGGCAACGAUGCCAGCAGCGUCUAUGGCAAUGUUAAUGGCAACACAUUGGGGCAUGGAAAUGGCCAGCAACAGGGUGUCAUCACAGUCGCCAUGCACGGUUGUUCCAGCACGCUGCCACCCCAAACAACCAUAAUACCCAUCAACAGCAACAACAACAACAAUAACACAAAUAAUAUUAAUAAUAAUAAUAAUAACAAUAACAAUAGUAAUGGUUCUAUGAAUGGCAAUGGACAUUAUGUUCCCGGUGCCACAAAUCUGGGCUCAUUGACCAAUGGACAUAAUAUGGGGAGUCUGGUUAAUGGCAUGCAACAGUUGCAACAAAAUGGUCACAGUCUCAUCAAUUCAACAACGCCCAACAUGCAACAACAGCAACAGCAACAACAACAGCAACAGAAUGGGGCAGGUGUCAUGGGCGGCAUCAUGAGUGGCAUGAGCCUCAAUUCGCUACAUCACACGAAUGGCAAUUCAAAUGGACUCGGCGGACCAACAACAGGAAUUGUUGGCAACAACAACAACAACAACAUUAUGGGCGGACCCAUGGGCAUGGGCAUGCAACACACGCCGCGAAGUGAUUCAGCAAAUUCCAUUUCAUCAGGUCGCGAUGAUCUCUCGCCCUCGAGCAGCCUCAAUGGCUACUCCGCCAACGAGGGCUGCGAUGCGAAGAAGAGCAAGAAGGGUCCGGCUCCUCGUCUACAGGAGGAGCUGUGCCUGGUGUGCGGAGACAGGGCGUCGGGCUAUCAUUACAAUGCGCUCACCUGCGAGGGCUGCAAAGGUUUCUUCCGCCGCAGCGUGACAAAGAAUGCCGUCUACUGUUGCAAAUUCGGACGGGCCUGUGAGAUGGACAUGUAUAUGAGACGCAAGUGUCAGGAGUGUAGACUGAAGAAAUGUCUGGCCGUUGGCAUGCGGCCGGAAUGCGUUGUCCCGGAGAAUCAGUGCGCCAUGAAGCGGCGCGAGAAGAAGGCCCAAAAGGAGAAGGACAAGGUGUCCAGUUCGCCCAGCUCACAGCAUGGCAUCAACUCCAACUCGGGUCCUGGCUCUGGCAACGGUCCACACGGCACCCAUGAUUACGUCAAGAAGGAGAUACUCGACCUCAUGACGUGUGAGGCGCCCCAGCAUGCCACAAUUCCGCUACUACCUGAUGAUAUUUUGGCCGAGUGUCAAGCGCGCAAUAUACCUCCAUUAACGUUCAAUCAGUUGGCCGUUAUAUAUAAAUUAAUUUGGUAUCAGGAUGGCUAUGAGCAGCCAUCCGAAGAGGAUCUCAAGCGUAUUAUGAGUCAACCGGAUGAGAAUGAGAGUCAAACGGAUGUCAGUUUUCGGCACAUCACCGAGAUAACCAUACUCACAGUGCAGUUGAUAGUGGAGUUUGCGAAAGGAUUACCAGCGUUUACAAAGAUACCCCAAGAGGAUCAGAUCACGUUACUCAAGGCCUGCUCAUCGGAAGUAAUGAUGUUGAGAAUGGCCCGACGCUACGAUCACAAUUCGGAUUCGAUAUUCUUUGCGAAUAAUCGAUCGUAUACACGCGACUCGUACAAAAUGGCCGGAAUGGCGGAUAAUAUUGAGGAUCUGUUGCACUUUUGCCGCCAGAUGUUCUCAAUGAAGGUGGACAACGUGGAGUAUGCGCUACUCACUGCCAUUGUGAUCUUCUCGGAUCGGCCGGGCCUGGAGAAGGCCCAGCUGGUUGAAGCGAUACAAAGCUAUUACAUCGACACGCUACGCAUUUAUAUACUCAAUCGCCAUUGUGGCGACUCCAUGAGUCUCGUCUUCUACGCCAAACUGCUCUCCAUACUCACCGAGCUGCGCACGCUCGGCAAUCAGAAUGCCGAAAUGUGUUUCUCCCUCAAGCUCAAGAAUCGCAAGCUACCCAAAUUUCUGGAAGAGAUCUGGGAUGUCCAUGCCAUACCGCCAUCGGUGCAAUCCCAUCUGCAGGCCCAACAGGAAGAGCAGGAACGCUUGGCGCGAGCGGAGCGUAUGCGUGGUGCAGUUGGUGGUGCCAUCACCGCUGGACUGGAUGCCGAUUCGGCAUCUACAUCCUCACAGGCGGCACUUGCGGCAGCGGCACAACAACAACAACAGCAUCAACAACAACAACAUCAACAGCUGCACACGAUGCCCGUUCACACACUGCCUCUGCCGCUGCCGCCCUCUGCCAGCGGUGGUUCCGUCUCAGCAGUCAGCACUAGCAGCGAUUAUAUUGGUGGUGGUGGUGGUGGAGGAGGAGGAGGAGGCGGCGGCGGUGGAGCAGGCGGCGGCGGAGGCGCUGGAGUCGCUGGUGUUGGCGGUGGUGCUCUUGGGCCAACCACAGCGGCAGCCAGCUCCUCGACCAGCAUCACAGCCGCUGUGCCGGCGAGCUCGACAACCGCAGCGGUGGCCAACGGCGGUGGUGCGAAUGUCAGCAUGUAUGCCAACGCCCAUGCGGCAAUGGCGCUUAUGGGCGUGCCCCUCAAAUCGGAGCAUUCAACGACAACGGCAUAGCCCCUGCUUGGAGGCGUUAAUCUUGGGGGAGUCCUGCUAGGCAGCAUUAUUGAGUGAAAAGGGAGAAGGCGGGUCAGGGCGGUGCGGGGCUGGGCGUGGCAGCUUGUAUACAAUACAUAUACACACACAUAUGUAGUUGAAAUAGAUUUAAAAUCUAAAUACCGCAUGCAAAUUAAUGCGCAUCUGAGAAAAAUGCUACCAUUUUGUGAAAAAUAGCAAAGAGAAAAAGCAAAAAAAAACUACAAAAAGUAAGCGUAAAAUGCAGUUA